GGGCCCGAACUCCUUGGGUGACAAGGGUGGACUGUAGAAAUGGGGGAAGGGGUGGUAAAUAAACAUGUUCUGCAUUUGUAAGAACUUGGAAGAGGUCGAGUUCAGGCUACUGUUUUGAGUUUUGAGUGGUCGGAACAGAGAGUGUAUUGAGUUAAGUUUUUGCCGACGCAAAGGUGAAGUUUGCGACGUUGGUACUUGACAGUGAGACGAUUUCCAUUUUUCAUCUGGCAGACGGAACUCAUUGUCUUUGAGAGGGGACCCCUGUAACCCUCACGCCCCCCUCCCCUACACCCGUCCUCUCGUCCCCAGCUGUCACUGCACUUCUUCUCCCUCCCUCUAUUACCCCCCCCCCCCCACCCCCCCUCCUUUCCAACAUCAAACUCCCAUCCCCCACCCUAUUACCCCAUAGCCACCAUGGCAGCACGUCCUGUUCGGCCAAACGGCCAGUCCCCAGCCAACAAGGUCUGCCAGUUUAAGCUGGUGCUGCUUGGGGAGUCCGCAGUUGGAAAAUCCAGCCUGGUCCUGCGCUUUGUGAAGGGCCAGUUCCAGGAGUUUCAAGAGAGCACCAUCGGAGCUGCUUUCCUGACACAGACAGUGUGUUUGGAUGACACCACAGUGAAGUUUGAGAUCUGGGACACGGCAGGACAGGAGAGAUACCACAGCCUGGCACCAAUGUAUUAUAGAGGAGCACAGGCGGCCAUUGUGAUGUACGAUAUGACCAACACAGAUACAUUUGGCCGGGCGAAGACCUGGGUUAGCGAACUGCAGAGACAAGCAAGUCCCAACAUCGUGAUUGCCCUGGCUGGAAAUAAGGCUGACCUAUCAGCCAACAGAACCGUGGAGUAUGAGGAGGCACAGGCCUAUGCAGAUGAUAACAGCCUGCUAUUUAUGGAAACCUCUGCCAAGACUGCAAUGAACGUCAAUGAUCUCUUCAUGGCCAUAGCCAAGAAGCUGCCAAAGAGCGAACCUCAGGCCGGGCCAGGAGCCACAGCGACAGGCCGUGCAGGCCGAGGAGGAGUGGACCUAAACCAGCCCACUCAGACCAACAAGACCCAGUGCUGUGGGAACUAAAGAGGAUGGGGAAAGGGAGGAGUGAGGGAGGGAGGAAACAGGUAGGGUGGGAGGACGGGAAAUGAGCACAGAAAGUGACAGCUCAAUGUAAGGGAAGACGAAAAUGAGGAUGGGGUGAUAAGAGAAGAGGAAGGGUGGCACACAGACGUAGAAAACAAGCCAAAAAAAAACAACUUUAUUUGACAUUCACACUCCAGUACAAUGAAGUUCUUGUUCUUCACCUCAACACUGCUUAUAAAGAAAACGGGUCACCGAAGUUUCGAGUUCAGUCCAUUGACUCAUAUCUAUUCUGUUUAAUCAUAACUUAAGUGUAAGCACAGGCAUCAUUCUAGUGGUCCAAUGUAGGAUAACAUGACUCGACUCCACAUAUAAACUCCUAGUACCUCUGAUAUAAUUAUGUCAGAGGAGCAGAGGAUGCAUAUUGUAGAAUGUCCAUGUAUUUUUGUCCUGAAAUGAUUACACCUUAGUGUGAGAUUGAUGUAUUUUCACGUUAUACACACCAUAUGGUAAUUAUGGCUAUUUUCCUUCUCUUGGUCACAGGAUGUUUUUAACUGUCUUAUCUAACACAGAAAGCUAGGGAUGCACCAAUACUGAUAUCAGUAACGGGUAUCAGGCCAAUGUUGUGCUCAUAUACUUGUGCAUAUAUUCCGAUAUCACACACUAAUACCAUUUAAUGCCAACGCUAUGUUAAACUCAAGGCUGCAUCAGGAGGUGUUCUGGCAUUUUUUGCUGCCUUAUCAUACUUGCCUACCGGAAACAGUUGGGUAGGAGAAAAUGAUAAGACACCGCGAUUCAAGAGUGGUUUUGAUUGGGGCCAUUGGAGGAAAUCCCGUUCUGAAUUGGCAUUCCAUGGAAACACCUCCUAAUAUAUUGCCAGAUGCCUCUUUAGUUUAGCCAGAUUGACAGACUAAGUUUAAGCAAUCACUUUAUUAGGUAUGGGAGCUGUUGGGAGGUAGAAGUAGGAAUCAAAUGGCCCGUAUAAGGGAAGGGAAGGGGAUAGGAGCAACAGAAGCACACACAGUCACAUAAGUAUCCUUAAAAGGCCAAUUUUCCCCAAAACAUAUGGAGGUUCUCUCUAGUUGAGCCGAAGCCAAAGACCAUCAGUGCCAACUUCUGUUUGACAGAUAAGCUUCUGCGUGACAAUGCUAGGUGGUCGUGCCAAGACGACAUGCCAUAGCUGAGGAGGCUAGGGGGGGUCAAAGGGGCAUGAAUACCAUAAAGGGAUUAGUAGUAGCACUUCACUGAACAACCCUUGGGCACAAAAUGUACAUGAUCUCUGCCAUCAACCAGCGUUGGCAUCCAGACUGCCCCCCUGCAGAGAUUAAGGUUCAGACCUAUUAUGUUACACCUGAUUCAAUUAACCAAGUCCUUUAUCCGGUUAUGUAGGAUUUAGUUUGCAACUAAAUACGGCAGUAGAGUAGAUCUUCUGGAGGAGUGGGUACCAGUGCAUUAAGACAUUGCUGUUUGGUGACACAACAGCUAGCCAUGAGUUAUCUAGGUGACUGAUAGUUGGCCACCUUGCCAGCAGUCCUACAUAUAUUUCAGUGGAUUGUAUCAGGCAACUUGAUAAGACUAUGAAUGGUCAACAGCAACAAACUGUCAGAUGUUUUGCUUCUGGUACCACACAUUUAUACUCACUCUGUAGCAAGAAUUGUGAAGAUUCAAUGUUACGCCUAUCAAUGCAUGUUUGCACAAAAAAUGAUGGUUUCAUUAUGUCUUAAAUGAUUGACUAGAUUGCGUCACCAUUCCUGUCAUUUUUUACAUAGAUGAAUUGUAUUGUUGCCUUAUAUUUAUCUAUUUCCUACUGUGUUUUGGAACAAUACAUGUAUUUAUGCAUAUAAUUGCAUAUUCACCAUUGUUCAUUUAGGCAAUACUAUUGGCCUUUUUCAUUCUUAAAGCCAAUAUUUUGGUAAUUGUAAUGCAUCUGUACAGAUAUGAUCAUAUAUCAAGAAAUAAUGAACUAGCUUCUUUUUGUUCGAUAUGAAAUAUAUCAUAUACCUUUCUUGUUGGAAACCAAUGAAUCACUCAUGAUUAAUAUAAAUACCUUCUCACACUGCAAGGAUAUGGACAAUCAAGUUAGUUUUUACGCUUGCAAAGUUCCUAUGUAUCUAAAUGUAAUUAAGUACAGAUUUAUUUUAAACAAAUCAUACAGCCUUUACGUUUAUAAAUAAAUUGCCUUUCUUAUUA